GGAGUGCUCUGCAGAGGGCAAUUCCCAGCCAUUCCCAGGGGAAGAAGCGCUUCUGCUUCCCAGGAUAUUUAUAAGGCACGGGAAAGUUGGGCCGGCCCCACGUUCCGGCGGCUGCCGGUCCUUCCUCAGCCUCACAGGGACACGUUUCGGGUGUUCACUCCCAACUUGAGUCUUAACAGCUGAAGCCAAAGGGACCGAUCCGGGGCCGACGUCCCCUUCCUCGACGCGGGGCGGCUCUUAGUCGGGAGGGAGCUGCGUGGGAACGGGUCUAUAGAGAGCCGACAGGGGCCCGGGGGGUACCGGUGGGUACCGACAGCCCCCGCCCCGUUCCUGCCCCUUUCCUCUACCCUCCGGCCCCGCGGGAGGAGCCGCUCCGUGUUGUCCGGGGCGGGGGAGCCCGGCCUCGGGGGGAGGACGGGCUGAGGAGGGCAGGACCGCCCCGUCCGGGCAGCGGUGCGCGGAGGGAAGCGGCGCUGCCGGGGUUCAGCGCUCGGUCCCGGGGCGAACUGGAGGUACACGCCGCUUCUCCGGCUCUGCCCAGCGUCCCCCGGUUCCCGGUGCCGGCUCCGCCAUGCCGUCCUACCCGCAGCGGACCCUCACGGUGCUCCUGCUGUUCGGCACGCUGUCCGCCGCCAUGGCCCUGCUCGCUUCCAGCCUCAUCUUCCAACUACCGGCGGGUCGGUCCGCUCCCGGGAGCGGUCCCGGUGCCGUUCGAGGAGCGCUGCCGGAGUCCGCGGCCGCCGUUUUGCUGCCGGUCUCGGCCGUUCUGGCCGCGCUUUGCCUCGUGCUCAACGUGAGCUGCCUCCUCCUCUGCCUCCUCCACGGCUACUUCAGCACCGAACUGUACCGAGGGCAGCUCGGGCCCGAGCGGGCAGAUUGGUUCCUCCUGGACAGCCGGACAGUUCGCCAUACGGCCAUUGGAUUGUUCUGCUGUGGGGUCUCAGCCUACCUGACAGCUCUUGCUAUCUACAUGCUGCUGCUGUUUGAACUCGAGGCUGGCAUUGCCAGUGCCUGCAUCCUCUCUUCUGGCAUCAUUGUGCUGUUGGUGACAGUGACGCACGCCCUGAUCCGAGCCUCCCAGCUGUCACGCCGCAGCCGCUCUGAGAUCUCUCACACUCUGUAUGAGAACGACUCUGCCCAGCACAGCGAAACUCCUGGCAGCAACCUGAACAACAAGAGCAUUGCUGUGCCCCGAGCCCGGCCUGAGAUCCACCGGGAGUUCUCCUUCCCUCCAUUCCUGGAGCGCAAAUCCCAGCUGGGCUCCCCGGCCAGCAGCAAUUUCACCUCCUCGGGCAGCCCUGGGGCACACUCUGAGAAGGAGAGCUACCACCUGCCCCGCACACACAGGACGCUGUCAGCAGAGUCAGCCUUGCUGCAGGCACAGGCCAAGCCCUGGAACGGUGUCACCCAUGAGAUGAGGAACGUGCUGGCACGCAAAUCUGGAGCCUCGGGCAAGGACUCGACCCUGGUGUGAGCAGAAUGUCCAUCUCAUGACAGCAGAGCUGCAGGCAUCACAUCCAAGAUCUGCAUCUCUGUUUAGAGCUUAAUACAGGUCAUGUCAGAGCCCAGGUGUCAAUGAUCCCUUGUGAGAUCAGGAUGGCUGAUUUUCCAUCCUGCUCAGAGGAUGCUGCGUGGGCCUGUGCAGCCACAGCCACAGGUUUUCUUUGCUGAGAAGACUGGUCUCCCAGCCUCUCCUGCAGUGCUGCUGGCAUUUGUCUCCCUGCAAACAAGGACAGCAGUGGCAGGGCAAAGGCUCGUGCAAGACUGUCCCAUCUCUGCAGGGCACUGAGCAGCAGCAAAGGAAGUGGCACGUGUGUGAGGAGUGAGAGGACAUUGUCCAGGGGCAGACCUACCCUCCUUCCCCAGCAAUCCCAGCUAGUUUCUCUGGCUGGCCAUGCCUUUCUCCCCUUCCACUGCCUUCCUUCAUCCUCCUCUAUUCCCUCAGUUGUGUUGGUGGCUCUCUGCUGUCUGCAGGACAGAAUGCACAAGUGCAACUGCUGCUUCUGUGAAACACGAGUGGGUUUAGCUCACAGUUACUGCAGCCACACGCUUGGAUCUUCCCCACAUCCUCAUCAUCCAGCAAUCUGUGAAGCAUUUCAGGGAGUGAAGGAAGGCCUCUGGUCCAGAUCCCUCCUCACCUUCCAUGUUGUUAUCCUCAGAGACACCUGUUACCCUGAGCACAAUACAGAGCACUUCUUUGGAAACCGA